GAGAGAGAGAAGGACAGACAGAGUUAAAGCGUUGCAGAACGCUGGAGCACGAGGACGCUUAGAACUCAGUUAAGCGUUCUAGAGCAGAAGUUAUUUUGGUUCUCGCGCUGAGAAACGUCUCGUAUCCGGACGUUCAAACUAAUCCGGAUUUUAAUUUUUUAUCCAGAUUUUUUUUUUUUGCUCACACCUGCGGAUUGUUGUUGUUGUUGUUGUUGUUGUUGUUGUUGUUCAACACCAUGUUGAAGUUCACCCUCUUCCCUGAUGGACUGAUUUGAUUAUAUUCUGAAAGCUUCUGGGAAGCGCGAGCGUCGCGGUUCGGAAAGCGCCGAGGAGCGGAAGGAGAACCGAGGAAGCUUCACGAUGUCCCAAGCCGACGUGCACGCGGGAGGACUCGCGUUCCCCAAACUGCCCUCCAGCUUCGACGCCGAUCCGUUCCUGUCCGCGCGGCUCGCGCUCAGGCGCCGGAGACACUCUGCGAGCUCGAGGAGGAACGUGUUUCGGUUCAACAAAACGCACACGUUGGAGGAGAGCGGCGGCUCGUCCCGCGAGCGUGUCCCACAUCUGCUGAGCAAAACCCUGUCCUGGUCGGCGGACGACAUUUCAUCUGCCGAGCAGAAGAAGAAGAAGAAGAACAAGAGAAUGAGCAAUGCAGGAGAAGGAGCUGAAGCAACUGGAGAAGUAGUAGAAGAAGAAGGACCAGGAGCGGCGGCGGCGCAAACGGACACGCAGUGCAAGCGCUCCUCGCGCUCCAGCUCCGGCUCCCCGACGCGCCGCGCGCAGCCCAACACCGGCGGCACCGCCGUGAAGAGUUCGAGCACCGACUCCGAGGAGGAAACCGCGUCCAAGAAAGCGCCCGAGACCAACAAGUGGGAGCAGGAGAAAGAGGACGAGGUGGAGACCAAAGCUGUGGCCACUUCACCGGACGGGAGGUUCCUCAAGUUCAACGUGGAGAUCGGUAGAGGUUCCUUCAAGACCGUUUACAAAGGACUGGACACUGAAACCACCGUGGAGGUCGCGUGGUGCGAGCUACAGACGCGGCGGCUGAGCAAAGCAGAGCGUCAGCGUUUCAGUGAGGAGGUGGAGAUGCUGAAGGGGCUGCAGCACCCCAACAUUGUUCGCUUCUACGACUCAUGGAAGUCCACCGUUAAGGGCCACAAGUGUAUUAUCCUGGUUACUGAACUGAUGACGUCCGGAACACUCAAAACAUACCUAAAGCGUUUUAAAGAGAUGAAGCUGAAACUCCUACAGCGUUGGAGUCAACAGAUCCUGAAAGGCCUGCACUUCCUGCACACACGGACUCCACCCAUCAUCCACCGAGACCUCAAGUGUGAUAAUAUCUUCAUCACGGGUCCCACCGGCUCGGUCAAGAUCGGAGACUUGGGUCUGGCUACGCUUAAGAGCGCCUCAUUUGCCAAGAGUGUAAUCGGCACUCCUGAGUUCAUGGCUCCAGAGAUGUACGAGGAGAAGUACGAUGAGGCGGUGGACGUUUAUGCCUUUGGAAUGUGCAUGUUGGAGAUGACCACGUCGGAAUAUCCAUACUCGGAGUGCCAAAACGCAGCUCAGAUCUACCGCAAGGUCACAAGUGGCAUGAAGCCAGACAGUUUUUUCAAAGUGAACGUCCCGGAGCUGAAGGAGAUCAUCGAGGGCUGCAUCCGCAUGAACAAGAAGGAGAGGUACACCAUCCAGGACCUGUUAGAGCAUCCCUUCUUCCAGGAGAACACCGGCGUCCACGUGGAGCUGGCCGAGGAGGACGACAUGGUGAAGUCGGGUCUGAAACUCUGGCUCCGGAUGGAUGACACCAAGAAGCUUCACGGCAAGUACAAAGACAACAACGCUAUCGAGUUCCUGUUCGAGCUCCACAAAGACGUCCCUGAGGAGGUGGCCCAGGAGAUGGUGGUGCUCGGUUUUGUGUGCGACGCCGACUACAAGCUGGUGGCCAAAGCCAUCCGUGACCGCGCCACCAUCAUCAAGCGUCAGCGCGAGAAGCGGCGCCGACUGGCGAACGAGGAGCAGAAGAGCCGUCAGGACGAAGUGAUCGAGGAGGAACCCGAGUCCGUUCCCGAGGCAGAACCUCCCGUGCUGAAUCUCCCGUCUCUCCAGCCGCAAAUGUCGGCCGAGAGCGGUGUGUUCAGCCCGGUCCAGAUGACUCCCACCGUGACCGUCUCCGUGCCGCUACUAUCCACCGCUAACAGCUCCAUGGACUCUGGGAUUAACGCCAGCUUCACCACCGAGCCCGAGGAACUGGACACGGAACACCAGCACCACUACAACAUCCACCAGGCCUGUUACUCCUCCGCCACCUCGGAUUGCGAGACUGACGGCUACCUCAGCUCCUCCGGCCUCCAAGAGCCUCCUGAAGCUCUGUGCCCUGUGCUAAGCUCCACCUCUGCAAUCAUAGCUCCACCCACUGAGCCGGUUGUUGAAGCUCCACCCACAGAAGCCUUGCCUGUGAUGAACCAUCCAAUCCCAGCACUCCGCUUUCCCUCAAGCAUCGCCGUAUCCCACAACUCUGAAAGAGUGAACUCCAGCGGGGCCAGCGGCUUCUCCUCUCCAGUCGACAGUUACGCCUCUGAUGUGACAUCUGGUUUGAGUGACGGGAACGAGGGCCUAUCAGAGAUGAGCAGUAAAGGUCCCAGCAAACGCACAGGAAGUAAACUGCUGAGGAAGAGAGCUCGCUCACGGCUGCGGAUUACAGGGUUGUCAGAUAAGGUGGAUCGGGUGGUGGAGUGCCAGCUUCAGACUCACAACAGCAAGAUGGUGACAUUUAAAUUCGACCUGGACGGAGACAAUCCCGAGGACAUCGCCGCCGUCAUGGUGCAUAACGAGUUCAUCCUGCCAUCGGAGAAGGAGGGCUUCAUCCACCGCAUGAUGGACAUCAUCCGCCGCGCUGAGGCUCUGAUGAGGAAGGAGCCUUUAGAUCUGCUCGGGCCUGGAAACUCCCUCCGGCUGCCGUACCUGAGUGGAGCCGGAACUCUGUCAGGCUCUCAGCCGAACCUGCACACCCAGGGGUUGGCACGGACACACUCAUCCUCCUCCCUGCCAGAUUAUGCUGCAGGGCAGGUAAUGCAAGGCUCCGCCCCCAGUCUGGGUGGAGACUAUUACCUUGAUCCUGGUGCAGCUGUUCCUGUGCGUCCACUUCGUUCCCAGUCUUUCCACACUUCAGCGUGUGAGUAUCACACAGAAUUCUUAGCUGCAAACGUGGGUCAGAUAUCUCAUGGCCUCUCCCCCAGACUGGGCGGAGACUAUUACCUUGAUCCCGAGGGGGCUUUGCCCUUGCGUCCGCACCGCUCACAGUCUUUCCACACCUCAGGUAUCGACACUAACACUAUAUUAAUCUUCCCUCUGGAUGUCUAUGUCUCUGUUCAUAUGGACAAACUGUCACUGUCUGCCCGUCUGUCCGUCUGUCUGCUCAUCUGUCCAUCUGCCUGUUUUGGUUCCAUCUUGGUGUUUUCAGCUUGUGUGUGUGUGUGUGUGUGUGUGUGUGUGUGUAUCACAGAUUAUUCAGCUGCAAAUGCAGGUCAGGUGACCCAUGGCUCCUCUUCAGGGCUGAGCAGAGACUUUAACCUGGACUCUGAUGUAGGACCACCUGUCCGACCCCUUCGCUCUCAGUCCUUCCAUACAUCAGGUUCGACUCAGACUUUCACUCAGCCUACACCCCAUUACCCCCAAUACCCCAAUCCUGAUGCCCUGCAACUACUUUCUAAUCAAGCUCCCACCAUGCCCCCUCAGUACCCCAACCCCCAGUACAUCCCUAAUCCACCCUAUCCGUACCCCUACAUGGUCAACCAGACUCCACUUACAGACUCAAGACUCAACCCAGCUCCGAAUCCUCUUCCCCACAACGCAAGCAGCUGCAGUCUCGCCCCAUAUCCCACCUCGCUCACACCACAGCACCCUGCAGGUGAUGUGGGUCCACAUGAAAGCAGUUCUCUGCCACCCCCUAGUGGCCACCCCAUGCCUCCGAACACACAGACUGCAGGAAUCUGGCUUGGCCAUACCCAGCAGCCGCUCUUCUCUCUGGCCAACGUUCUGUCUCUGGCCAUGACCAUGGCGCAGUCAUUUAUACCCCCAAACUCCAUGCCAAAUGGCCUGCACCAGGCUUACAUGAAUUCUUUGGGACCACAGCCAAGUUACCCAGGCAUGUUUGGAGCCCAGCAUCCUGCAGCGGGUCAGAAUGAAGCUCCACCUCAGCAGCACCAAGAGGCCCAGUCACCAGCUCAGCCUCCGAGUGCAACCACAACUACUCCAGAUGUUUCAGGACCAGCAGGGGCAAGCAGCCAGUCUGGAGAGAGCACUCAGGAGGGGCAAGAGGAAAGCAGUUCCUCCUCAUCAUCUUCAUCAUCCUCUUCACCAUCCUCUGAGUCUUCCAGUUCAGCCACAAUCCAGAUCCCAGUAUCUCCACCAAGCCCCAGAAACUCCUCUCAGAUUCUGCAUGAUAUAGCUAAAGAAAAACUGUCUUCUAUUUCAGAGGAGCAGAAACCCUUCCUUACAGUGGGCCGCUUCCAGGUCACUCCCACCACAGCCGAGACCACGCCCACAAUGCCCAGUCCCCAACCCCCAACACCUCCUUCAGUAUCGACUCCGUCCACAAACAGCCAAUCAGAGAGCAGCACAGAGGAUCAGGGUGAAUCAGAGGUCAGCCUCAGCACCAUCUAUGUGUCACCACCUAAAAAACCAUUAGACCCGAGCAUCGCCCCCUGCUGGAGUGGGGACACACCAACCAAUGAGAGUAAAGAGCUGAACACUGAGGAGGAGGAGAAGGAGGAGAAGGACAGAAAUGAAUCGGAGAGGGACGGAGAUGAAGAGGAGAGCAGGGAGGGCGGGACGAGGCAGAGAAAGAUCAGUGUGAACCUCAUGGAUGGAACGACUGCAGGGAUCGUGAUAGGAAGUGUUAGUCAGCCAUGGAUUAGCUACACACGCAGCGCCUCGUACGCUAGCAGUGACGAAACCGAGAGCGACAACGAUGACAUGUGGGAGGAGCUACAGGAACUCCGAGAGAGACACCUGGGAGAGGUUCAGGCUCUGCAGGCGUCUCAGAAGCGAGAGAUUGAGGAGCUGUAUGAGAGGAUGGGGAAAGUCCCUCCCCCAGGGAUCGUGUCUCCAGCAGCAAUGUUGUCGAGCCGCCAGAGACGUCUGUCCAAGAGCGGAGGAUUUCCUUCAUCACGCAGGAACAGUCUACAGAGACUCGAUUUACUGCCUUCUGCAGGUAUUAUGAGGAAGAACUCAGUCAGUGGCAGCAGUAACAGCUGUCAGGAGCGAGCAGCUAAAGGGGUGACAUUUGCUCCAGACUAUAGAGUGUGAUCCUGUUGAUUCUUCCUGCCGGAGCCGAGACUGUGCUAAUAUUAUAUGAACACUGACUGUGAUUGGACGCAGGAGCGUGUAUAAUCUUAUCAUCUAUACAUUUAAAUCCCAAAGUUAGCUGUGCUCUGUGGGUGGGAGGGGCUUAUUCUAUCUGCCCUGUCAAUCACUGUGGCAGCAGCCAAUCAUAUUUCUCUGUGAGCUCACGUAUGAUAAGGAGGAUGGAUUUCCUCCGUUCGAGUUACUUUUUUGUUAGAUCUAAUUUCCCAAACGAAUUUUUUUUUAGAUUAGAUUUUUUAUUUUAUUUUAAUUUUUGUUAGAUUUCUUAGUCGUUUUUUUGGGGGGGAAAUUUGGAUUUAUUUAGUUUUUCAUUAGUUUUUAU